AUGAAAUUAAAGGAGAUUGAAAUAAUUGGAAAGUUAGAGCAAGAAAACAGUUCUUUAAAAGAAAAAUUGGCUCAGUUAGAAAAAAUUGGAACUACUGAUUCCGUAUACAUAUUUAUCGACAACUCAAAUGUAUAUGUUCAAGGAAAAAAGGAGAUAGCCUGGCGUGAACCUGUGAAAGAAAACCUGGUUCAAAUCGAUUACGGUAAAUUAGUUGAAACGGUUCAAGAUGGUCGACAUAUGGGCGCUGUUCCUAUUGUCGUUGGUUCGCGUCCCCCUCCCGAAGAUACAUUAUGGAAAUAUCUUAGGAAAGAGCUUGGGUAUAAUGUUUUCACAUACAACCGAAAUUUUCUAAAUCGAGAAAAGGAAGUUGACUCAGAAGUAUCUAUACGUGUUUGUAAUACAAUUGCUAAAUACGUCCCCGGUACGGUCAUAUUAAUCGCUGGAGAUGGCGACUACGGUCCGGUAAUGAGAGAAGCCCUUGAUAGUGAUUGGACAAUUGAAGUGUGGUUCUGGACAGAGGGAUUAUUAAAACGCCUUAAAAAAAUGGAUGUCGGGCACCCUGAAUACAAAGAAGCCUUUGCUUUACGAACUAUCAUUAUAAACCUGGAUGUUUACUAUAAAAAAUUCAUGUUUGCCCGUGGAUAUAAUAAUAAUGCAGGAAUGAAGUAUCUUCAAAUUUUUACAGACCUAGUUAAGGACAGCGAUAUAAUGGAAUGUUACAUAGCAAUGGACUUGUUUGGCUGGUGGUACAGGCCAGAUCCGAACACUUUGAAAUUGUAUGUUAGGACUUAUCAUCAAUGGGAGGAAAUAAAGAACUUGAUAACGCACAAAUAUCCUAAUGCUAAGGAAGUGGGAG